AUGGCGAAGAAGCAUUAUUCGAUUGGAUUAUGGAACAUGAAGACCUUGUUCCAUUGUAGCGUAGUCAUGUUCUUGGUGGGAGGGCUAGCAACUUUAGUCUUUUACAGAAACAAUAAUCAGGUAGCUGGAAAUGUCAACGACGUUAAGGUUACUCUUAUCACUAAGACUUCGACUACGCCAGCUAAUGAAAAUGAAAAUAUGAAUACAGAUACAAAUAGAAUUGUCUCUCAUCAUCAGAGAAGGCUGAAGAUUCCACCACCGUCCUUGUCGUUAACUGAUACCUGUGAUUUAUUCUCCGGUAGAUGGGUUCAUGAUAACAAGAGUCAUUACCCUCUGUAUAAAGAAGACGAGUGCCCUUAUCUCAACGCUGAUUUAGCUUGCUUAACAUAUGGAAGAAAGGAUUCAAAGUAUCAACAAUGGAGGUGGCAACCCCAUGGCUGCGACUUCCCUAGGUUCGAUGGCAAAGCAAUAGUAGAGAGACUAAAGGGCAAAAGGCUAUUGUUUGUGGGCGACUCUGUAAACAGAAACCAAUGGGAUUCGAUGAUGUGCAUGCUCCAUUCAUCAAUCCCAGGGAAAAAGAAGCUUAACAUGGGAGGUCUGAAUCAUACCUUGUACUCCUUCAGGUCCAUUGACUACAACAUAUCAAUUGACUACUACUGGGCUCCAAUGUUAGUCGAAUCUAAUGGCGAUGAUCCAUCAAAUCAUCGCCUUGACCAUCGAACUAUUCGAAUCAAUUCCAUUGAGAAACAUGCUAGGCAUUGGGUUGAUGCAGAUAUACUCGUCUUUAAUACGUAUCUUUGGUGGAGAUUACCCAUAAUAAAGUUCUUGAAGAGUCCUGGAUCAUUGUUGGGUGGUCCUAAUCAAGUUUACGAUGAAGUAAAUAAUGUCCGUGCCUACAAGAAGGUUCUUGAAAUAUGGUCGAAAUGGGUACAUAGCCAUAUCGAUCCUGCAAAGACCAAGCUGUUUUUCAUGGGCCUUACAGCAACUCAUUCAAGGGCUGCAGACUGGGGAGGCAAGAAGCAAGGAACCUGUUAUAAAGAAACCGAACCUGUGAUGGAUGAUCAAUUCUGGGAAAGCGGAACCGAUCCAAAAAUGUUGCAAAUAUUGGAGGCUUCGUUGAACAAAUUGAAAGCCAAGGGGGUGAAUGUGCAACUAAUGAACAUAACACAACUAACACAAUGCAGAAAAGAUGCACACCCUACAGUGCAUAAGAAAAUAUGGCAUCCCUUAACCGAUGCUCAAAAGAGAAACCCAGAACGUACUUCAGAUUGUACACAUUGGUGCCUCCCUGGAGUUCCUGAUAUUUGGAAUGAACUUCUCUUGGCUCACAUAUUCCCGGUAACAGAAACGGCAAGCCUAUAUAAACAACGGUAGGAUUAAUCUAGGGAAAUUUUUCCAUGAUUAUUUAUGUUUUCUUAACCUUUAGAUUCUUAUAUUUACUUUUUUAAGUUGUUAGCUUUGUUGGAUACUCUAAACAUGUGUUCAUUUUGCUCAUUAAUGUAACUCGGGCAUUAAACCUUCAACUUUUAUUCA